ACCCCGAGAUAGUCAGCGCCUCGUUACCAGUGGUGCGGUCGCUGCUGCCUCUCCCGGCAGAGGUGCAGGUCAACGCCAACGGACCGCAGCUCAACGGAUCCGCUGGUCCCUCAUAGCAAAUCGCCAACGGCGGCGCCGGAACCACCAGAAACGGAGGAUUCACCAUAUCCACCUCUUCUGAAAGCAUCACAAGAAUAUGGCAACAUUCCAAUGGCGUCCCGGAGCGGCGCGAGCGCAAGGCGGGCCGAUGCUUCGGCUACCUCCGCCGCCGAGACGCGGACCACCACAAAGUUUCUGCCGUCUAAUUCGACAGACAGGUUACUAAGCUCCGUAGAAGGCGCUUCAAUAGACGAGGAAUCACCAUCGGAGGUUGACGGUAAGCCGACCAUCUGGGAGACCUCCUUCACUGAGCCCAAGAAGGAAAAGGUUGAGCCCAAGACUCAAGACCGGACUCAAGACCGAACUCAAGACCGGAGUCCCAACUCCAAACAGAGCUCAGAAAACGGACCUGCUGUGGAAAAACUAAUCAGCAUAACACCAACAUCGCCCAAACCCCCAGAGAAUGUCCUGACCAAGGCCAUAGAGGCCAACGUCAUAGACAAAACGAAUCACAAGAACUCCUUAGUGCCAGAGAGAAAGACUGCGCCUAUCGCGUCUCCCGACCCUCCUCGCAUCAAUGCCUGGGCCAACAACGACCCUCCGAAAGUCACUCCAAAACUAAAACCUCUUUGCCUCGACGCAGCGCAGUUAGAACAAAAUUUGAACGCCCUCAAAAAGAACAGCGGGUCCGUCAAUUUAACCACAAUGUCCAGCAUUCUACCCCCGUAUAUCAACGUGGUGACCCCAAACAAACUAACAGAGGCGAAAACAAUUCAAAUAGACCCCAAGAAAGCUGUCAUAGACGACUUACAAACGCCUAAAGAGGAGAUAAAAGAAGAAAAGACAAAACUCAAACAGUCUAAUUCCGCUGCCAGUUUGCUGAACGGACCCAUGACUGAUUUGCCAUACGCGGACAGCGACAACGCUUCCUCAAGCUCUGGGAGCAACGCGCAGAAUCUCAUCAAGCAAAAGAACAAUAAAAACUACACAGAAGUCGUCGUCGGAAACGACAGCGUCAAAGUAAUAAAACAGGGUAGCAAUGCGGAGUUUGGGGACUCAGAAAUUAGCUUUUAAACGUCUAUUAAAGCCCUUCUGUAGCCAAAGGUUGUGCCAUACGAUGCGACCGUGAAAACGCGAGUGCCGCCGUUUCAUGUGACAAAAACUAUUAUAUUUUUAAACUAAUGAAAUAAUGUUACCUACUAAUAGGUGUAAAUACUACCAAAUACGUUUUAAAUAGGAAUCUUUAGAAUGUAAGCAUUAUAGUUACUUUAUGUGCGGGACUUUAAAAACAUAUUUAUUAAAAAAUAUAUUGUUUAAUUUGGAAAUUUGUAUUUUUGUCGAAACAUGUACAAAACGUUGUUCUUUUUGUUAAAAAUUUAUCGUGAAAAUGAAAAGUGAAUCGUAGAUUUCUUUUGGUGAAAAGAAAAAUGGCUUCCUGAUAUCGCUUAAUAGUAAAAAAUAGUCGUUUAUUGUUGCUCAAUUUGCUCAAUGUUUUGCGAGAAUUUUGUAUGUAGCUCAAAGUAGAUAAAAAAAAUCUGUUAGUUUUUUCUACUUUAGAUAUCUAUAAUUGAGAUGGACUUUUAUAUGAACGAAAUCAAUUGGCUUUGUAGCGUUUCCAUUUUGUUUCGCCAGUAAGACUAAUUUAUAAUAACGGCGUAAAUAACGUCUCGGACCUGUUACAUAUAUUUAAUCACGCACAUCAAGCAACAGCUGAUUAGUAUAUCUUCAACUUUAAAUUAAGGACAAAUGAAACGAAUUAAGACACUACUUAUCUACCGGUUUUCUUAUUAUUUUUUACGUUGAGAAUCUACCAUCGUUUGGCAAAGUCAAAAAAUAUGAACAUUCCAUGGAUUUUUUUAAUAAAAAAUAUUUUAAUUUAAAACGUUUUUUGAAGUAAUAUUUGUUCAAUUAAAAUUGUUCAUAACAAUGGUUUGAUUCUCGACUAUUAUUUAUGAGUAUUUUCCUUACGAUCCUAGAUUAACUAGAUAAAAAACGUAGUAUCGCUUAAAAUGUUUGUAAAUAAUAUAAAAAUGUAGAAAUUUGUGUAAAUCCGCCCCAGAAAAAACAUAUACACGAAUAAAUAUAAAAUAUAAUGAAGUAAUCUUUUACGUAUACGUAGUACGUAGAGUGAAAGAGUUGUGUCAGUACCUAUUUUAGUUGUAAAAAUUUUAUGUACGUUGAAAUAUAUGGUAUGAGAAUGUUGAUUUUGUUUAUAUAUAUAAAUUUUCAUUUACAUUUCACCGGCAUUGUUAGAGUUCGGCCACAUAAGAAAAAUAUACAUUAGAAAUUAUGAAUAUAGUUUUAUUAUAUUAUAUAUAUGAAUUUAAAAUGUGUGUUUAUCACAUAAGUGGAUGCUUUAAUUACACUAUAAGAUAGAUUUUAAGAAAUACUAGCAAAUCUAUGAUUUGUACAUGUUUAUGUUGAUUCAGAGUAGUGCCAAAUGGUUUUGUUGAUUACUGCCUACUUGGAACGCAUUUAAAGUAUUAUUCUUUUGUAUAAUUGAGGCAUGAAAUGACAGGGUAUCAUGGUAUAUUCGUUUAAAUUUUAAUUAUAUUGUGAUGGUCUGUCAAAUAAACAAAAUUCUGUCUGUGGGACGGAUAAUAAUGAGUAUUAUUUGUGUCGUAUAACGAAAUGUCUGUGACGUAAUUUUAAUUCGUGUAUAUAUAUAUAAUUAUUUAUACUAUACAAGGUGUAACGGACAUGGUAGCAAUAGCUUGAAUAGUGAAGUUAGCUAGAUAUAAAAUAAAAGUAAAAUGUACAUUAGGUAUUUACUAUUUUUACAGCAUUCUGUUUUCUGAGUGACUUUAAAAUGCACAGUUUUUUAAAAUUCAUUAACCACAUAUUUUUUGAAAAGCAUUUUGAACAGAACAAGGCAGGUAUUUGACCGCAAUCACAUCUGAUGUUAAGUGAGAUGCAGUCUAGAAUGGUAAUACCUGUCCUGUAAAUGGCAAUUCAUUCUAUUCAUUAUCCCCUUGAAGAGGCUCAGAUUAGUGUUGCCCUAAGUUUGCUAUUUGAGUUAUUGCCAGCAUAUUCCUUACAUACUGUAUAUAAUAAUAUUAAUAUGUUUGUAGCUUACGCGGUAUUCGUUCGGAGAUCGUGUCAUUUAAUAUGUUUUGUCGUAUUAAUUUAGAAGGAACUGUGCACUGCAGUGGGACAUUGUUGCAAUAAGUGCAGUGCGUGGAUCUAAGUUUACGAAUAAAACGACAGUGGUUAAUUGGAAAGACCUAUAUUUUUUGUUAAUACGAAAUGUUUCAAUGAAUCUGUUUUAUAAAUUAAGCCUGUGACCGCAAUGCAAAAUAAUUGCACUUUAAUUUGACGAAUAACGUUUGAGUGUCACUUCUAUGACUUGCUCAAUUUAGAGUAUUAUUUUUUUAAAUUAGAUGAAAAUUUAUUAUUAACCUUUAACUAUGGACGUGAAAAAAUAAUCACACUCCCAUGGACGUCGGGUCUCACAGACCCCUAUCUAAAAUUCUUCUUAUUUUCAUAUCUGAAUUAA